AUGCCCAGAUAUCCAAGCUCUUCGAUUUUGAAAGCCUACUUCCCCGAUGUUCUUUUCAACAAAAACAACACAGCACAACUCAUCAAGUGGUUCAGUAAUUUCAGGUUUGUUGUUGUUGUUCUUGUGGAUGUUUAUGUUGUUGUUGUUAAUGAUGGUGUAUUGUUGCUGCUGUCGAUAAUGUUGUUGUUGUUGUUUUCCAUAUUGUUGACACUGAAAAUAUAA